CGACACGCGUGGGCGGAGCGGCGGGCGGGGCUGGGAGCGGCGCGGGGGGCGGUGCGGGGGGGAGCGCGCCCGCAGAGAGCCGCGCUCGGCGCCCGCCCGGCAGCGCCUCCCGCCGCCGCGGCACCAUGUGGCAGCCGGCCACGGAGCGGCUGCAGCACUUUCAGACCAUGUUAAAGACUAAGUUGAAUGUCCUAACUCUUCGGAAAGAACCUCUUCCGACAGUGAUUUUCCAUGAACCAGAAGCCAUUGAGCUGUGCACCACAACUCCCCUCAUGAAGACCCGGAGUCACACUGGAUGCAAGGUUACAUAUUUGGGUAAGGUUUCCACAACAGGGAUGCAAUUUUUGUCAGGCUGCACAGAGAAACCGGUCAUUGAAUUAUGGAAGAAGCACACGCUUGCUAGGGAGGAUAUUUACCCAGCUAAUGCCCUUCUGGAAAUUCGCCCUUUCCAAGUCUGGCUGCAUCAUCUGGACCUCAAAGGUGAGGCAACAGUCCACAUGGAUACCUUUCAGGUAGCACGUAUAGCCUACUGCACUGCUGACCACAACAUCAGCCCAAACAUCUUUGCUUGGGUCUAUCGGGAGAUCAACGAUGACUUGUCCUACCAGAUGGACUGCCAUGCUGUAGAGUGUGAGAGCAAGCUGGAGGCUAAGAAGCUGGCCCAUGCCAUGAUGGAGGCCUUUAAGAAAACUUUUCACAGCAUGAAAAGCGAUGGUCGGAUCCACAGGAACAGCUCGUCAGAGGAAGUGUCUCAUGAAUUUGAGUCUGAUGAUGGCUGACUGAACUCAAUCAUGGUUCAGCAAAGGCAGAAAUGGCCCAGGGAAUGAGAGCUGAUAGAUGAAUAAGUAACAAUUGAAACUGGGGAAGGAAAGGACUGCCAAACAGUUCUCUGACCAGCUUUUUAAAUCGAAAGAGCAAUUCAGUACCUACAGAUACGCAUCAUUAAAGUAAUCACAUUGAAAUCUGCUGCUGUUGUAAAAGUGAGGAAAAAAAAGCUCCCUCCCCCAUUUCUCUCACCCACCCAUCACUGUCCCUUUCUCAUCUCUGUAGUUCAGGUGCAUACCAUGAAGUGGAGUCAUUCCUGUUUGUUUUAUAAGGCUGGUCAGGCAAUUUUAUUAGUUGCUCCCCUGGCAUUACAAGCUGGGGUCUGAUGCUGAUGCACAAGAGCAAGUAGACCUGGAAAGCCCUAAUGGCUCCUGAAGAAUCUUUCUCCAUGAUGCAUCACAAAAAUUCUUUGACCGUACGUAAGCUAAAACAGCCAUACAUAGCCUUUUAGACUAAUGAUCUGGCAUUCUGCAUUUAAUUCACAUUUCACAGAUAAAAGUCAAUGCUUUUAUGUACUCAUUAUACCAUAUGCUAUCCUUUAUUUUAUUCAUUGUACCUAUUUUCUUAAUAUACCUGCUGCCACAUCUUUCACCCAACACCAGUAGUUGCAGUUUCAGACUAUAUACUGCAGGAUACCAAAAAGGGGUGGGCAAAAAUACUCCAUGGCGUAUAGGGGUGCAGCGAGCAAGCACCAUUAUCUGUUCAUUUUCCAACCCUGCUAUGUUCUGCAGGAUGGGGGACCACCGGUAGGAGCUGAGAGACGCUUGGGUCUGUCAGUGUUUGAACUUUGACUUCUCAUCAACCUCAGGUCUGAAGUGAUACGAGCACAGUAGACUCAACUCCAUGUUACUGGUCUCUGCAUUGCUGGUUGAGUGGCCCUGGUGGAAUGGAGCUGGUAAUGCUUCGCUGCACAUACAGGGCUGUGUUACUGUAGAGAUCAAAAGAAAUGGUCCCUUAGGGCUCAUGUUUGAACAUCAGUUCUGGUUGAGAAGCUCAUGUUAAGACUCCCGUAUCUUUCCUUGUUUGCAGAUAUACAGUCAUGUCUUUCUUAAAUGCAGAUGUUUAAUAAAACUCAAAUAAAAGGAAAAACUUGUUUCACUUGAUAUUUUUAAGGCCAAGAGCAGAUCAAUAGUUUGCAGGUAAUGCUGCUCCUUUGUAUGAUUUUGUUUGUAAUUAUGGUAAUGUUAGGGGCACUAGGACACCUUACAGAAGCCUUAAGAAGAAGCUAAUCAAAGCAGAUAGGUCUAUGUUUGUGUUUUUGUGGGUCUGUAGGUUUGUAUGUGAGAGUGUAUGUGUGAGUCCAUGUUAAAGCAUGUAGAUUGAGCAUGAAAACGUUGAAGGCCCACACAUCUUGGAAAAUAUGCUUGUUGCUUUACAAUGUAUGUAAACGGUUCUCCAGCAUAAAUACAUUCAUACUUUAAUAAAAAAGAAAAUGUCCUGAGUUAAA